AUGGCGUCCGUCCCUCCUGAGGUACCGGCCGCUGCCGCUGCCGCUGCCACUGCCACUGCCAACACCGGACCAGCGGCUCCCGCCCCGGCUCCAGAACCUGCGGCCUUGCCUCGCAUCAAGUCCGAUAUACCAGACGCAGGACCGCCGGUCAGCAGCAUUCCUCUGGCACCAGCGUCCAUGCACCAGAACGGUCCCUCACCGGGCAUCGCGCACCCUCCCGUCCAGGCGCCUCCUCCACCUGGAGCACUGAUGAAACAGGCAUACCAGGCCUAUCAACAGCAGCAGCAGCAGCAGCAACAGCAACAACAACAACAACAACCUCCGCCACCUGCUGGUGGACAGCAGCAACCGCCGAACAUGUCUCCUACUGGCCAAGCCCGGCCCUUGCGCUGGGCGUCGGUAGCUGUGCCGGGACAGACUGGCCCGCCUCAACCUCAGCAAGGGCACUAUCAGCCGCAACACCAAUACCAGCACCCCCAGGCCGGCCCUCCCCAGCCGCCGCAGUACUAUCAAUCACAGCACCCUCCUCCACAGCAGCAGCCCCAGUAUCAACAACAACCGCAGCAGCCGCAGCCGCCCUCAACUCCUCAGCAUGGAGCGCCUGCUCAGCAGUACCAGCAGCAGCAGGCUCCUCCUCCGGCGUCUCAUCUGCAGCCCUUGGCAAACAUGGGCAGGAAGCCCGUGAUCAUGGACCCGCCGGGAAACAGGAUCCCUCCCGCCCAGAUCCAGCAGUCGGGGUUCCCGUCACCUACCAUCGACCAUGCGAGGACCAAUCCCAAGUUCCUCGAUGACGUUAGCCGUCUAACCUAUGGCAUUCAUCAGAGUCUACCCGAGAGUGUGCACCGUGCUGUGAGGGACAACUGGGAGAAGGCCCUGAUGGGUUCAGAGUAUCACCAGCUCUUUAUUAUGCACACCAUCAUUCAUCGCACAACACCCUCAGUGAUCGAACAAGCUUGUCAUGAGAUAGCCGGCAAGAUGAUCGACGCAGGCAGAAGCGAGCUGAUUAGCCACUUCACCUCUACUGAUAUUGACGCCGUCUCAGAUAUCAUCUUCGAUAUUGCCAGCAAUGAGUUCCUCGACAGGGCGCUCGACAUCCGCCUGCGCACCAUCGAGGCCAAGCCUCUGAUCAAUAAACUUGCGAUGGCCGAGCGCCUCGGCUAUGACCCUGGCGACAUUGUUGAAGAUGGCCGAGGCCAGGGUCAGGAGCGAGUGAUCCCCACCCAAGGCUACCACGCCGGUCACCAGCAGCAUCACCAACCUGCGCCUCAACAGCAUGCGGCGCAUCCUCCUCAGGGAUACGCGCAUCCGCAUAACCCCGCUCCUCCGCAGCCGAGCGUGCCCACCCAAAUUGCCCCUGGAUCUCGAUACCAGUGUCCCCAAUGCUACCGGCUAUUUGCUACACCCCAACCUUAUGAGCAUCACAUGAAGAAGCAGGUCUGCCAGAGGACCCCCUCCACUCCAGGUGGCUUCAAGCACUCUUGCCCCCACUGUGGCCAAGGCUUCACCACCUCUGUUGGUCUGCAAUAUCAUGAGAAAAACAAGGUCUGUGGAGAAGUGGGUGACACCAACCCUCCCUCCAAUAUCCCUAUCGAGUCGAUGAGUAGCACUCCUGCUCCUGCGCCAGCCCCUGCUCCUGCAGCACCCUCCACUCCAGGCUUCAAGGGAUACUCUGCCUCUCAGCAACAACCCAUGGGCGCCGACCCAUACUCUACCCCGAACUCGCUCUCCGUCGUGCAGCCGCCCACCUCGGGACCCCACACCCCCUACGCGCACCUCAGCGCGCAGCAGAUCGCCGCCCUGAUGGAGGAGCUGCGCCAGGCCGAGGUCGUCUACGGCGAGCGCAUGAACUCGGCCAAGACGAUCCCGGACCCGCAUGAGCGCGCCGCGCGCCUCGAGGGCCUGCGCAACUCGUUCGGCACCAAGCAGUCCAUGAUACGCAAGAAAUAUGGCGUCCGCCUGCGCGAGAGACGCACCAAGGCCGCCAUCAACGCCGAGCGGGAGCGCAUGGAGUCGGGCAAAGUCGGCUCGUCCCCGGCGGCUGCGGCUGCGGCGUCGUCGUCGACGCCUUCGAAAGCGAGCGGCUGGACGGCGGCUAACGUCUCGGCCCCGAGCACGCCGAUCGCUGGACACGAAGCCAAGCGGCAGCGGAUGGAGAAUGGCGAGAAGGCUGGCAUUUCCAACUCGCCUCACGACGGACCCGCGGAUGACGCGCCGCACAAGGUCCCCUCGGCGAACAUGGCCCCCUCCGAGGGACAGCAACAGGACCCGCCGGCGUCUCUGCCCUCGCACUCGUACAACCAGGCUGGCGCCCACGUCCAGAUCCACAUCCCCAGCCGCUCUGCGUCGGCAACCGAGAGCGGACGUGGCGGCACCGAUACCGAGAUGAGGGAUGCGGGCGAGGCCGACAACACUGCUGGCACCGAGGGUGGUGUCCACAAGCCCGAGCGGCCGCCGCAGAAAGGCCUGGCCGAUCUGGUCGCGCUGAGCAAGAAGGCCCUUGGUGGUGGUAGUGGCAAGGCCACUAAUAACAACAACAACAAGAGCAACGACGACACCGAGUCGGAGUCGAGCUCGGACGACGAUGCCGAUAUCCCGGCUAAGCUGCCCGAGGCGGUUAGGCAGACUCUGACCCCGGCGAACAGGCCUGGUUCUUCGUCGGCGGCGUCUGGCAAAUGA